AUGAUUUUUGAAUACCAAUUGUCACCAAAACACUCGUCACUCGCCGACCAAUCAUCGCUCGGCACCACUCCUACCGCCUCUGCCGUCGACAACGAGUCUUCAUUUGUGGCCCAAAACCUGUUCAAUGACUUCAUGUGUAAGACUGAAGAGUCGACCGACUAUUCAGAGGACGACAGCGAAGACGACGACGAAGACAAUGAAGACGAAGAGUCUUCAGACGGCGAGUGUCUGCCCGACAACAGCCAAGUGUGGCCUCCGAUCGCAACAACGGCUACAACAGUGGCCAACACUCGGGCACCGAAAAGGAGGACCGGACGGCAGCCGCGGACCAGACGGGGCCCGAAGGCCGGCACCACGUCUACGGCCCCCACCGGACGCAAGCCUAAGCCGCACGCAUGCGAUUGGAUCGGUUGCGGGAAGACAUUCCGCGACAAUCUGGCGCUCACAGCACACGUACGGCUGCGGCACACGAAUGAGCGGCCCUUCGCGUGCGACAAAUGCCCGAAGAGUUUUGCCGACAAAAAGCAUUUGACACAACACUUGAAAUACCACUCAUCGCAGGAGCGCUACAAAUGCAAGUACACUGACUGCCCCUUUGAGACCCGACACCCGAAGAACCUGUCGGAGCACUACGUCCGCCACACGAAGGUUCGCAACUUCCGGUGCGACCAAUCGGAGUGCGGCAAGAGUUUCAUCACCAAAAAGGACCUGAAGAGACACGAGAGCACUGUUCACAGCGAUGAGCGGCCCUAUGGCUGCGAUUGGCCCGGAUGUGAGGCCUCGUUCAAGAACCGGCAGCACUGGAACAACCAUCGACUCACGCACUCCGGUGUCCGCCAAUUCAAGUGCGAGUUUGUCGGCUGUGCCAAGAGUUUUGUGACCAGAAAUACGCUCUUUCAACACAAACAGGAACACAUCAAACCCUAUGUGUGUGUUUGGCCCGCAUGUGGCCAGAGGUUCGGCAAUAACCGGUCACUCAAGACCCACAUCAACGAACAUCAGGGCAUUCGGCCCUUUAAGUGCGAGUUUAGCGCAUGUUUUCAGUCUUUUUAUAGUAAACCACAACUCAAUCAACACGUGAAGAGCGCACAUAAAUACACGUUAAAUAACACGUGA